CAAGAAGAAGAAACCGUAGGACAGGCUCACAGAAGGAGAAACAAGGUCACAAGAAGCAGGAGAGUAGCAGAAAUGACAGAGCCAGAAAGGGUUUGGGUUCCCUCUUUCUCAUCGUCACCUAGUAAUUAUUUCGAUAGUUUUUGUCUGGGAUUUGGGUACCGGUUCUUGUGGUGUCUCCGGACACCUUCGACGGGGAAAUUCUGGCACCCAGUCGAUGCAAAUUUGGGGGAAGUAUUGCCGGAGGGUUUCUUGGAGAGGACCGGAGAAAGGGGAUUGGUGUGGCCAAGUUGGGUGCCGCAGAAGGAGAUAUUAGCUCACGAGGCGGUCGGGGGAUUCGUGAUGCAUUGCGGGUGGAACUCGACCCUGGAGAGCUUGUGGUUCGGGGUGCCGAUGCUUGGAUGGCCGCUGUAUGCGGAGCAGCACCUGAAUGCUUUUGAGAUGGAGAGGAUGCUUGGGGUGGCUGUGCAGCUCAAGGUGGACAGAAGGGGAGGGGGAUAUGUUGGGGCCAAGGAGUUGGAAAGGGGAGUUAGGUGUUUGAUGGGGGACUCUGAGGACGGGAAGAAAGUGAGGGCGAAGGCUGAAGAGAUCAGACUGGCAAUCAAGAAUGCCAUAGGGAAAGAUGGGUCGUCGUAUAAUUAUUUGGAGCAACUAGCUGAGGACAUGAGCAAAGGAGGGGCUUCAAACAAAUAUUAA